CUCUGGUAGUCUGCUGCGGGACCGGGACAGACAGCUGAGGGGGGUCUGAAUGUCCAACCGGGACGAUCGGCGGACUACCGCGAAGUCACACGCGCCAUCCACAGGUCUUCACAGUUGACUGAUGAGCAGCCAGUAGGACUGGGCUUGGGGUACACCGACUGGCAUAGCCUCUUUUCCUUUCUCUUUUUAAAAAAAUAUCUUCCUUCAGCUUUCCUGCUUCUCUUCACUCCCCUAUCAUUCCUCGUCUCUUAAUAUCCUCUGAUAUUAAUCCCAUUCUACUGUCGCUGUCUUUGUGUCUCUUCUCUCAUUAUUCGCCCUCAAUCCCCUCUGUCUCUCUUGCUCCUAGCUCCCCUUUCUGCAUUUUUUUUGAAGUGUGGAGGGUCAGCAGUGCCAGAAAAGACAAGACAGAAGACAUAUUGGCAGAGCUACUGGUGGUUUACUCGUGGUUAGCCUUAGCAUACUUGUGGCAACAGGGAGGAAGAAGCAGAGCUUGGCGAUGGUCACAGCAAUGGAGGAUUCCUGUCCCAAUGGGGUACGGGAAGAGGAGGAGGUGACACCCCUGGGACAGCAUGCCGUGGAGGGGCCCCCGGCUGUACGAUCCACCCAGGGAGCAGAAACAUCUGGAGCCAUGCAGCAGGUGUUGGAUAAUGUGGGUGAGCUGCCCACCUCUGCCGGAGCCAAAGACAUCGACCUGCUCUUCCUGCGCGGCAUCAUGGAAAGUCCCAUUGUACGCUCCUUGGCUAAGGCUCAAGAGCAGCUGGAGGAAGUGAAGCUGGAAGCGGUGCAGGACAAUAACGUCGAGCUGGUGACAGAGAUCCUGGGCGACAUCAACAACCUCAAGGUUAAAGACGACAGCGCGGCUGAGUUGUCUCGAAUCCUCCAGGAGCCGCACUUCCAGUCUCUUUUAGAGGCUCAUGACAUGGUAGCCUCAAAAUGCUAUGAAGCCCCGCCUCCGACUGAGACAGCCAAUGACGCAGCGGUGAACAGCGCUCUUAUGCAGGCCGAUGCCGUGCGCAUGAUUGGCAUUCGAAAGAAGGCCGGGGAGCCACUGGGUGUGACAUUUCGUGUGGAGAAAGACGACUUGGUGAUCGCGAGAAUCCUUCACGGAGGCAUGAUUGACAGACAGGGUCUGCUCCACGUGGGCGACAUCAUUAAGGAAGUAAACGGGAAAGACGUUGGCAAUAAUCCCACUGAGCUCCAGGAGAUGCUCAAAGACUGCAGCGGAGGGAUCACCUUGAAAAUACUCCCGAGCUACAGAGACGCUCCUGCUCCUCCACAGGUGUAUGUCCGGCCAUACUUUGACUAUGAUCCCGCCAAUGACAGCUUGAUCCCUUGUCGGGAGGCAGGUAUGGCCUUCAAGAAAGGUGAUAUUCUUCAGAUUGUAAACAGAGAAGAUCCCAACUGGUGGCAGGCAUGUCACGUAGUGGGUGGUGCCACGGGUCUGAUCCCCAGUCAGUUCUUGGAGGAGAAGAGGAAAGCUUUUGUUCCCAGAGAUUUGGAUGGAUCAGGAAUUCUUUGUGGCACCUUGGCUGGAAAAAAGAAGAAGAAGAUGAUGUAUCUAACAGCCAAGAACGCAGAGUUCGAUAGACACGAACUGCAGAUCUAUGAGGAAGUGGCAAAGGUUCCUCCUUUCCAGAGGAAGACGCUGGUUCUGAUAGGUGCCCAAGGAGUAGGGCGACGCAGCCUCAAGAACCGAUUGAUGGUCCUCCAUCCCACGCGUUUUGGCACCACUAUACCAUACACCUCACGGAGACCCCGUGAUGAGGAGCUAGGUGGCAACUCCUACCACUUUACCUCAAGGACAGAGAUGGAGGCUGAUGUGAAGGCCGGCCGCUUCCUGGAGCACGGCGAGUACGACGGCAACCUGUACGGCACAAAGAUUGAUAGCAUUCACGAGGUGGUCGCAAUGGGACGCACCUGCAUCCUGGAUGUCAACCCACAGGCUCUGAAGGUACUGAAAACAGCAGAGUUCAUGCCUUAUGUGGUGUUCAUCGGAGCACCAGAUUUUGAUACUCUUAAGGCCAUGCACAAAGCUGUGGUGGAUGCAGGGCUCACAACUAAGCAGCUCACGGAUGUGGAUCUGAGGAAAACGGUGGAUGAGAGCGCCCGCAUCCAGAGGGCUUACUGCCACUACUUUGACCUGACCAUCAUUAACGACAACCUGGAUAAGGCCUUCGAGACGUUACAGGCAGCCGUGGACAAACUGUGCAGUGAACCCCAGUGGGUCCCAGUGAACUGGGUAUACUGAGGACUAGCACCACUCGUUACACUGUCCAGUCUACGUGGGCCUCAGUGACCCACCAACAUGUAUGCGUGUAUGUGUGUGUGUGCUUGUGAUCACAAAGGCCAAAGAAGACGAAGGGCAGAGAUACUACUGCAAGUAAUCAAUGAAAUCUCAUCGCUCUUUCUCCUCUCGGGCCUGCAACUUUUUUCUACUCGAAACUCAAAGGGAAAGAGUGCUUAUUUAUUUUAUAACUUUUUAUGAAAGAUCUUUCUAUUCAGUGUGGGAUUACGGUGAGAAUGAAACAAACCAACCAUGAGAAAAAAGAAAAAAAGUCUUGUCACGUGCUCGGGCCAUACUUUUUUGCAUUAAUUUAUUGUUGUAGUGUCGUUUUGUAGUCGUUUUCCUUCAUUUUUAAAUACUUCUAUCAGUCUUCCUUCGCCGACACGGAGGAUUCACGGUCGCCACCCGAACUCCAAAACAAAGACGAGGACAAGGCGAUCGAUGACAAGAACUUGAAGCCUUCAUUGUCCAAGAAAUCUCGCGGCGUGGCACAUGUUGAACAUCAUUGCUCUGUUUUCUUUUCACCUUCAUUUACUUGAAUCCCUAAUGUUAUUUUUUAAUGUCGUUAGCCCCAAAAUCCUCAAUCGGUUUUCUCCAUGAGCGAGGGGCUAAAAAGCUCAUCCGGUAUGUAAAAGAAAAACAAUAUUAUGACGUACUUUUUAAAAGA